AUGGCCGCACCAGAGCCCCCCAUCGCGCUGCCCACACUCGACCGCCUCGGCGUCGCCGCCGCCCCCGCCGACGUCGACCCGUCCAAGGUGGCCGCGCUCUGGUUCGCGUCCUUCACCCAGCUCGCGCAAUCGAACGACAUCGAUGGCCUCCUCGCCCUCUUCAUCCCCGACGCCUGGUUCCGCGACAUGCUCGCCCUCACCUGGGCAUUCCGCACCUUCCACGGCCAGGCCAAGAUCCGUCCCUUCCUCACCGACCGCCUUGCGGCCUCCAAGAUCUCCGACUGGGCGCUCGGCGACGUUCGCCUCGACACGCCCUACCCCGACCUCGCGUGGGUGCUCGCGCGCUUCACCUUCAAGACCGAGACAGGUAUCUGCAGCGGCUACUUCCGCCUCAUCCCCACCCCGAACGGCGAGUGGAGAGGCUGGACGUUCUACACCAACCUCGAGGAGCUCAAGGGCUUCCCGGAGGCCACCGGUCCGCUGCGCAGCUUUGCGCCCAACCACGGCAAGUGGGUCGCCCAGCGCGAGCGCGAGCGCGAGUUCGCCGACGCCGACCCGACCGUGCUCAUCAUCGGCGGCGGCCAGAGCGGGCUCGGCGUCGCCGCGCGGCUCAAGAUGUUCGGCGUCAGCGCGCUCGUCGUCGAGAAGAACCCGCGCGUGGGCGACCAGUGGAGGAACCGGUACCAGGCCCUGUGCCUGCACGAUCCUGUCUGGUACGACCAUAUGCCGUAUCUCCCCUUCCCGCCGACCUGGCCGGUCUACACGCCCGCGCAGAAGCUCGCGGGGUGGCUCGAGCACUACGCUGAGGCCCUCGAGCUCAACGUCUGGACGUCCUCGACCGUCAUCAAGGCGCGCCAGGAUGCGAACAACCAAUGGGACGUCACCGUGAAGCGGGCAGACGGCACCGAGCGCGUACUUCACGUGCACCAGGUCAUCUCUGCGAUCGGGCUCGGUGGGAACAACCCGUUCAUCCCCAAGAUACCCGGCCAAGAGGAGUACCAGGGCACGGUUCUGCACUCGACACAGCACGGCUCGGCGAAGGACCACCUGGGGAAGAAGGUCAUCAUCGUCGGCGCAGCGACGUCAGCGCACGACGUCGCGGCGGACUACGCGGAGCACGGCGUCGAUGUCACCAUCUACCAGCGCGACAGCACGUACAUUAUGUCGACAAAGAACGGCAUGCCUGGUUUCCUCGGCCACAUCUGGUGGGAAGGACGGGGGCCCACCGAUGAGGCCGACCGCAUCGACGCGUCUUUGCCGACCCUCCUCUCCGAGGAGUACUCGAAACGACUCAACCUCGAGAUCGCGGCAAAGGACAAGACUCUGCUCGACGAUCUGCACAAGAUCGGGUUCCGGACACACUUCGGGCCGGACGGGAAGGGCUUCCUCGCGAUGGCGCGGAGGCGCGGGGGCGGCUACUACCUUGAUGUCGGCGCAUCACAGAUGAUGAUCGAGGGCAAGAUCAAGCUGAAGAACGACAGCGCGAUCAAGCGGUUCACGAAGACCGGCCUCGAGUUCGAGAACGGGAGCACGGUCGAUGCGGACGUGGUCAUGUUCGCGACCGGGUUCGACACCCCUGUGGACGUGCUCGCGAAGAUCUUCGAGGUCGACAUGCUGAAGAAGCUCAAGCCGCAGUGGGACGUGGACGAGGAGGGCGAGUCGCGGAACACGUGGCGCGACUCGGGCGUGCCCAACUUCUGGUUCAUGAUGGGCAACCUGAUGUGGUGCCGGUUCCACUCGAAGCACGUUGCGCUGCAGAUCAAGGCGGUUGAGGAGGGCAUCCUUCCCAGCAGCGGCGCGGAGGGCCGCUACAUGGUCGGCACGGUCUAG